GGUGUACUUUUACUACAAGCACAGUGCUGACGUGGAGGCUUUACGGCGCUGUGUGGAUAUGAAAAUGAGACGCUAAACCACAAGGUCUGCCACACUUCCAGAUAAACUGUUGUGCACAUGACGACGUUUGUUUUGAGUUCCUCCUCACUCUCUCUGUGUGCUGGGGCGCUCCUCAACAUGGCAGCGCAAGGUGCUUCCUACUGGCUGCGACCCUGCAUGCUUCUGCUGCUCUGUCUAUCUGAAGCCCUGUCCGAAGAGAUAAACAGAAAUUACUACGACACUCUUCAUGUUGAGCCAACAGCAACGGACAGCGAGAUAAAAAAGUCUUUCCGAAAACUGGCCGUGAAGUACCACCCUGAUAAGAACAAGAGCGCAGAUGCUGAGAAGACCUUCAGGGAGAUUGCUGAAGCCUACACAGUCCUCUCAAACAAGGAGCAAAGGAGGGCGUAUGACCGUGUGGGCCACGGAGCUUUCCUGAAAAAUGAGGACCUAGUCAAGCCUGAGGAUGAGUAUCAGACAAGCUUCCACUUCAGCUUCUCAGACUUCUUCCACGACUUUGAUGACAGUCCCUUUGGUGGACAGUGGAGCUUUCACCAGGAAGAGGAUGAGGAGGAUGGUCGUUAUGAACGCUACAGUUUUGAGGGGCAGAGAUUUAGCUUUUAUUUUGGUGAUCCAGAUGAAUAUGAAGAAGAGUACUACUUCUAAAAGUUUUUUUUCCCCUGUACUUGGAAUGACCGUUACCUUUUUACAUGUUUUCUUUUAUCAAUAAUAAAGUACUCUGUCUAAAAUGCUCUCUCAGUAUCUAUUUCUUGUAUUCAUUAUGUAAAAAAAAA